UAUUAUAAAAUAAAAAUGCAUGACAUAAAUUGAGAUAAUAUUCUUAUACUAAACAUCGCCGGGUCAUGUUUCAUACAGCAUUAUUAUGCUAUUUUGUAUGUAAUAAAUUCAUCGUUAAAAAUUGUUUAAACAUUAACAAUAGUAGUGAAUCAAACAAUAGUGAAAUUGUAUUAAAAUCAGAUGCGUGGUUUACAAGAAGAAAUUUACGUGACUUCCAUGGCGUCAGACCAGGAGUCCUGCUCAGAUGAGGAGCCUGACAGUGAGAUGUUGAGUGACGACUUCUGUCUACCCGACAGCGAUGAUGAUAGGCAGACAAGGAGUGUCCAGAAUCACAUAGAAGACCUCCCCUCGCUAAACUCUUGUCUCCGCCCCCCACGCAAGCUAUUCACCAACUGCCGCGAGCGGUGGCGCCAGCAGAAUGUCAGCGGGGCCUUCGCUGAGCUGAGGAGGUUGGUGCCAACUCAUCCGCCAGACAAGAAGCUGUCCAAGAAUGAGAUCCUUAGGAUGGCCAUCAGGUACAUUGGCCUCUUAUGCGAAGUGCUGGAAUGGCAGAAGAACCACGGCCUAUCGAUGAAUAAAGAGAAUUCAGUGAACCUCGCAAUCAAAUGUGAAUCUCCAAGCCCUCAAUCCAGGAGAGUUCGACUCAAACGGCCGUAUCUUGAAGACGACGGUCCGAAGCCAAAGAUACUCCAUGAGAACGAUCAAAAGUAUGGCAAUGAAGAAAAUGAAGACUUAAAAAGGAACUGUCAAAGAUUAAAUACACGAGCUGAUCAUUAUUUCGGUAAAGAACAUUUGAGAGUGUUAAGGAAUCAGUAUUAUUUUAAUCCAAGAUGGCCGAUUCCGUUUAGAAAUUUGGCCGAUAGAAAUGGAAAUAAUUUGUUGAUGAUUGCACCUGCCCAUAAUGGCGAUGGAAAGAUCAAUGUUAAAGACAAGGGUGAUUCGAAGGAUGUUAAGUAAAUUUAUGGUACAGAGGUGAAAACUUGAAUGUAUUUUUGACGUCUUACGAAUUUUCGAUAUCCUGACGGGUUUAACUUUUUUUACCCACAACAAAAAGUGCACAACGCCGCUAAAGAAGUUUUCUCUUCAAACACUGAUUCCAGGGUGAUGAUGUUCGAUCAAAUAGGUCUCAAGGGAUCUCUCCCGGAUUGUAUAGUAAUGGUUACUAAUAAGAAAAUGCAUUUUUUAACAAUAACAAAAUCUUAUGUGCAUGAAAAAUUUAAAUUCAAUAUUUUUUGCGUAGAUUAAACUUCAUAAUCGCAUAUCGUAAAUGUUUAUUUGUUGUCGUUGUAUUUAUGUCUAUGUGAUUUAAAUUGUAAAUAGUAUAACAAAUGAUCUCUGUGUUGACAAUAGUUGUAUUAAAUUGUAGUUGAUACUAACAUAAAAUACAUCAAGAUUUAA